UAUCCAUCCAACAUCACAUCCAUAAGAUCACCUUUUAGUUCCGUAUUUUUGUAUCUCAAUCUCACACUUAGAUCUCGAGGAAACACCAAAAAUUUUUAUAGGACUUCGCGGGGCUCCAACAAAGAUGUCGAAGGGAAACUGGGAGGAGCUCGCCGCCAAGAAGCGCGAGCAGUUGGAGAAGUCCAUUCCGGACGAGUGGCGCGUGCCGAGCGAGCUCCUGCCGCCCGCCGACCAGGACGACGUCACCGGCUUCCCGGCGGAGUCGAAGUGGUUCACGCCCGAGGAGCUCGCGAUCACGAACCAGACGGCGGUGGAGCUGGUCGCCAAGCUCGCGUCCGGCGAGCUCAAGUCCGAGGCCGUGACCCGCGCCUUUUGCAAGCGCGCCGUCGCCGCCCACCAGCUGACGAACUGCCUAUCGGAGACGUGUUUCGAGAGCGCCAUCGCGACGGCCAGGGCGCUGGACGAGCACCUCGCCGAGACGGGCAAGCCCGUCGGUCCCUUACACGGGCUCCCCAUCUCGCUCAAGGACAACUUCAACCUGAAGGGGCUCGACGCCACGGUGGGCUUCGCCUCGCACGUCGGCGACCCGGCGACGUACGACGCCGUGCUAGCGGACCUGCUCCGCAGCGCCGGCGCCGUGUUCUACGUGAAGACGAACGUGCCGACGGCGAUGAUGAUCGCCGAGACGGUGAACAACGUGUUCGGGCGCACCGUCAACCCGCGCAACCGGCGCCUCACGAGCGGCGGCAGCUCGGGCGGCGAGAGCGCGCUCAUCGCCUUCGGCGGCAGCCCGCUCGGCGUCGGCACCGACAUCGGCGGCUCCCUGCGCAUCCCCGCCGCCUGCACCGGCAUCUACACGCUGCGGCCCAGCUUCGGCCGCUUCCCCACCCUGCGCUGCCGCUCCGGCAUGCCCGGCCAGGAGGCCGUGCAGUCCGUCAACGGUCCCCUGACCCGCACCCUCGCCGACCUCGAGUACUACUCCAAAGCCGUCGUCGACGCGCGGCCCUGGCGCUACGACCCUAGGUGUCUGCCGAUCCCGUGGCGCGCCGUCGCGCUGCCUCCCAAGCUGAAGAUAGCGGUCAUGUGGGACGACGGCAUGGCACUCCCGACGCCGCCGGUGACGCGAGCGCUAAAACACGCCGUGGCGAAGUUACAAGCCGCGGGCCACGAGGUCCGCGAGUGGUCGUCCGAGGACCAGACCGACGGCCAGAGGCUGCUGAACCGCAUGUUCCUGGCGGACGGCGGCAAGGCGAUCAAGCGGGAGCUGGAGCGCACGGGCGAGCCGGUGCGCCCGGAGAUGGCCAUGUACGCGGCCGCGAAGGAGCUCUGCGCCUUCGAGUACUGGCAGCUGCACGUCGACCGCCAGGCCUACCAGAAGCGGUACCUGGACCGGUGGCUGGCCGCGGGCAUCGACGCGAUUCUGUGUCCCACGACGCCGUACAGCAGUGUCGAGAAUGGAAAAUUCGAGCAUGUUGGCUACACGGGCGUUUUCAACGUGCUGGACUACUCCUGUAUCUCCUUCCCCACCGGCAUCAAAGCUGAUAAGUCCAUCGACGUCGCGCUGGGCGAAUCGUACAAACCACUUUCAGAACUGGACAAGGGCAUCCAGGCGAAGUAUAAUCCCGACGCUGUUCAUGGGAUGCCCGUGAGCUUGCAGUUAGUAGCACAGAGACUAGAGGAAGAGAAGUGCGUAGCGAUGUGCAAAGAAGUGUUAGGCGCAUUAGGGAUAUAGACGUUAGAUCUGUUUGGAGAUGAAAUGAAUUGAGGUAGAUGAGAAAUCCAUAUAGAUCGAUAUUAAUGUUGUUACGACUAGUAAAUAGCAACCCAAAUUCGUGGUUAUGAACCAGAAUAAAUCGAAUAUAACUUUUAUAACGAACAAGAGAUACUGAUCAACAUGGAUAUCUGAGCUAACAAUACGUUUUACAAACAAAUGAGGU